AACACUUCGAUGACGUCACACAGGAGGAAGAACAAAACAAGAUGGCGUCUGGCGGAGAAUACGUUGUUUUGGUUAUUAUGGUUUCUAUGUCUUAAUUACAACGUACAUGUGCACAUGUGUGUCGUUUAACAGAGUAAACGUCGUUAUUAAUUGUUUGUAUGCGGAUACAUUAGUCUGAGUGCACUUUGACGUGCUAGCCGAGACUGCUUGUUAGCUUAGCUUGUUAGCUGCUAACUAAGAGAGGCGGAAGUGAUCGACACAUCAAAGCAGAGAUCCAAUAGAUGGUGUGUUCGUCUUGCAGAGGUCUGUGAAGAACAUCGUCACACUGAGCAACAGAAGUGGAGCUUCAGGAUGUGGACGGAGGAGCCACAGCCCUCCCACAUUAAGAAGGAAGAGGAAUACCCACUGAUCUCCCAUUUUACAAAGGAAGCGGAAGAACCACUGACACCCCAUUUUAAAGAGGAAGCGAUGGAUCCACUGAGCCCUCACAUUAAAGAUGAAGAGGCGGACCCACUCACCCCUCACAUUAAAGAGGAAGAGGAGGAAAACCGCAUCAGUCAGCAGGGAGAGCAUCUAGAAGAACUGGAGGAGGUUGUUGUCAAGAAGAUGCCAGUGGCUGGUGUCCCUGUGAAGAGUGAAGGUGAUGAGGUCAAAGGUGAAAGUGAGGAGAAGAGAGAGGCGGAGCCUCCAAGCGGGAGCUCAACACAACACAUGACAACAGAAGCUGAUGGAGACCACUGUGGAGGAUCACAAGCAGACAAGCUCUUAGCUCCACUAUCAGAUAGUGAGGACACAACGUCACACUCUCCUGACACUGAUGAUGAAGACUCUAAAGAUGAUAAGACAUGUCACACUGACAACACUCACUUCAAGUGUUCUCACUGUGACAAAACCUUUAAAAACCAUUGGCUUCUGAAAAGACACAUGAGAACACACACUGGAGAAAAACCUUUUACCUGUUCAAUCUGUAGUAAAGGUUUUGUAGAAAGUCGCAAUUUGAAAGUACACAUGAGAACACACACUGGUGAAAAACCUUAUUCUUGUUCUAUCUGUGGAUUAUCUUUUACAAGGAAGGAACAUUUGAAAGUGCACAUGGGAACACACACUGGUGAACAACCUUUUUCCUGUUCAAUCUGUAGUAAAUGUUUUGGAGAAAGUCGCAAUUUGAAAGUACACAUGAGAACACACACUGGUGAAAAACCUUUUGUCUGUUCAGUUUGUGGUAAAGGAUUUGUACAAAGUAACCAUUUGAAAAGACACAUGAGAAAACACACUGGUGAAAAACCUUUUGUCUGUUCAAUCUGUGGUAAAGGCUUUGUACAAAGUAACCAUUUGAAAAAACACAUGAGAACACACACUGGUGAAAAACCUUGUUCAUGUUCAAUCUGUGGCUUAUCUUUUACAAGGAAGGAACAUUUGAAAGUACACAUGACAAUACACACUGGUGAAAAAACGUUUUCCUGUUUAAUUUGUGGUAAAGGUUUUGUAGAAAGUCACAAUUUGAAAGUACACUUGAGAACACACACUGGUGAAAAACCUUUUAUAUGUUCAAUCUGUAGUAAAGGCUUUGCAAAAAGUCAGAAUUUGAAAAGACACAUGAGAACACACACUGGUGAAAAACCUUUUUCGUGUUCAAUCUGUGGUUUAUCUUUUACAAGGAAGGAACAUUUGAAAGUUCACACCGGAAUGCACAUUAGUGAACAAACUUGUUCCUGUUGAAUCUGUGGUAAAAGUUUUACAAACUGCAGGAUUUUGAAAUAAAAUUUCAAUUUUGACUUUCUAACAACAUCAGCACAUAUAACAUGUGUGACAAUGUUUUUUGUGUAACAAACUUUUCAACAACUUUUUGAUAUGCUUCUACAUUUAUAGAUUAUACAUUUUAUAUCUGUGCUUUUUUCAGUCUAGUACAUGCAUUAAUAUGCUACAUUGUGUACUUUUAUUAAAAAAUGACCAGAACUAUUUGACUGAAAAGGUGAGAGUAAACAGUACAAUACAUAUUUUACAUACAAUACACAUUUUAGACUUAUUCAUAAUAGUGUUUUCUAUAGGUGUUUGAAAUAUUGAAGUAUUACUUAUUAUUUCUAAUUAUUAAUGAUCCCAUAGAUUAGCACCUUCAUAUGAUAUACAUAUGUACUGGUUCACAUUUGAAACAUCUUCUGGACCACUUCAGGAAGCAUAUUAUUAUUUACUUUAUAGAUCAUUUGAACAGUUGUCUUUUAUACAAUUGUGUGUGUAACUACAAAUGUGUAACUUUAUGAAUCAUUUGUUGGGUCUCUAUACCAUUUUAUUAGUGAUCUUUAUUACUCUCUUUUGUAACAUGAUGAUUGUGUUGUUAUUGUUUUAUAUGUAUGUCCCAAGACCUUUAUGUAAUAAACAAAUGUGAGAGAAA